UCUCGCGGCAGUUGUUAGUUAUGCGUGUAUCUACGAGUGCAGCGAGUGCGUCUAUUAGAUAAUGGCCUUUUAGUAAACGACCGCAGGUCACUAGUGGGAAGAAACUAUAAGCUAGGGAUUUAAACGCCCUUUAAGUUGGUGUCAUCAGCAUUACACUUAAUUUUUCAGUUCUUAAAAUCUGAUUCGGAAAAUUUGUGACAAGUUUAUUGCUACAACAGUUUGAAGAGUUGAUCUAUCGCGUCGCGAUAGAGUUGUACAACGAACCUCCAUUGAUGGGCGGAGGCUUUUCGACGUAACAGGUUAUAUCUUCGCAUCGGCAUCGGUCGGCGGCAUUGUCAUCAUCGUCGUCAUUCUUCAAGUUCAAGCCAAAGUACUUAUCAACCGGGGGAGGCUGCUAGUGCACGUACGGAGGAACUGUUUCUAACCGCUAACAGAGAUAGAUUACAGCGAAAAUGUCCACUCUCAGAGGCUUCAUCGUCGGAUUUCUACUGUGCCUCUCAACCGUCGUUGACGCACAGAGCAGAUGCUGUGAAACGUACUGCUACAGCCAGGACAACGAUCGAACCCAGUCGAAACACUUUGCCACCAAAACGGCAUACGAGGUCAUCCGAGGUUCGAUCUCCAGCCGGGAGCACAUCGUACCCAAUUGCAGAGCAUCCAAGUUUUGGCUUUUAAGUCGCCAUGGAACACGUCUUCCUGGCAAAAAGGAUAUCGAGUUUUUACCCAGCGCGUUAAACAAUCUUCGUGAUUCUAUACUGGAUAAUUACGAAAAUAGAAGAACCGCUCCGGAUGUUGGUAGAAUGUGUCCUGAUGAUUUGGAGCUUUUGCGAAAUUGGCGCUGGGACAGGAACAUUACGGUUGACUACGAAUCUUUUCUGACGGCACAAGGCUGGAAUGAUCUUAAGUUCCUGGCGAAGCGUGAGCAGGAUCGAUUUUAUGAAGUUUUUACCGGUCCGUACGUGAAGGAGCACUAUCUGUUCCGUCACACGACAACCCAACGAACGGAGGCUAGUUUUAAAGCAUUCGUCGAAGGUCUCUUCGGGGACAAUGCGUAUAACCAAAUCAAGGCGGAGCCUGAACCAAAUGACGAUACACUGCUGAAGCCGUACGAUUUUUGUCCGGCGUAUGACGCUAACAAGGACAAGAAUGACCUGCCUGAAUCGGAGGUGAAGAAAUUCCUUACGUCGCGCCUGUUCCUGGAAACCCUUUCGGACAUUUCCAUGCGUUUGGGUUUCCGUUACAAUUUAAGCAGCGACCAGGUAGAAGCCAUGUGGGAUGCCUGUCGGUAUGAACAGGCGUGGCAUCUGCAGCAACUGAGUCCGUGGUGCAGUGUAUUUACCAAAGAACAAGUCAACGUGUUGGAGUACAAAGAAGAUCUUAAAUACUAUUAUCAGAACAGUUACGGUUACGCGAAGAGCGCAGACCUUGCCUGCUACGCCGUAGCGGACAUGAUGAAGCACUUCAGCCGGGCAGAUAAUCCUCAGGUUGUUGCUUACUUCACACACGAAUCGGAAAUUCAGAUAUUCCUUAGCGCUUUGGGUGCCUUGAAGGAUCUGGACGCACUGCGUGCGGAUAACUUUCACUCCAUGCGAAACCGCAAGUUCCGGUCCAGUGCUCUGACGCCGUUCGCUUCCAAUGUAGCCGCUGUUAAAUAUCAAUGCGCGGACCCUGUAGAACCGGUGAAAGUAAUAUUCUUCCUGAACGAAAAGGCUCUUAUGUUUGAUUGGUGCAACGUAGGGCUGUGCAACUGGUCGGAGAUGGUUCGACAGUUCAAACGAUAUACUGACGGGGACUGUGCUAGGCUCUACUGUGGAGGUAAUGCAGCAACGACCAGGCAAUUACCUUCGUUAGUAAUAACCGUUGCAACUAUUACUUCUUUAGUGUUAGGAAAAUUAGCGAAGUAAAUUUGCUAUCAACUGUAAUAGAAAUUGUCUAUA